UUCAAAAAGUUACGCAAAUUCAUGCCCGUGGUUGCAAAAAUAUUGAAAUCAAUAUUUAUAUGGUAUGAAGUUGUUGGUUAGCAAAGAAAAGUGUUUAAUGGAAUAACCAAUUGAAUCUCUAAAUUCAUUAAUUCGUCUCGAUAAUACUUCGUCAACAUGCAUGAAAUUAACAGUUUUGUGUUUUUUGAUAUCGAAACAACAGGGCUUCCGUGUCAAGAAAGAAACAAAACUAAGAUAACAGAGUUAAGUUUUGUAGUUGCUUCUAGACAAGACAUUAUGUUAACGAGUUAUGGAGAGUUGCCAACUGUUAGUAAAUUAUCUCUUGUUUUUAAUCCUAUGAAGUCUAUACAUCCAGAAGCAGUCAAAAUGACUGGUCUUUCUAAUGAUAAACUUAAAAAUGCACCUCUUUUUAAACAAAAAAUAAAAACAAUAUUAUCAUUCUUGCAAGAAUUAACAAGGCCAAUAUGCUUGGUGGCCCAUAAUGGUAAUAAAUUUGAUUAUAAAAUACUCUUAACAGAAUUCAAUGAUGCCAAUGCAUCAUUACCAAGUGAUUUGCUGUGUGUCGACUCAUUGGUUGGAUUUCGUUAUAUUUUAAAAGAUAGAAAUAUUCACAUUAUUACACAACCUAUGCAUGUGCAUGCACAGAAAAAAGAGCCAGAUCAUGAAGUGAUGACAGAUGAUGAAGAUGACUGGCCAGACCUAAAUGUAACUACAGAAGAUUGGCAAGAUAUAGAUAAUAUUUGUGAGAGUUUAUCCGACGUAUCUUGUGAAGAUAUAGCAGAGGUCCCGAACAAAGUAUUUAAGAAAAAAGGGAAUAAUGCCAUACGUAAUGUUUUUAAUAAACAAAAGAGGUGCAAUUCUAAUGGAUAUUCACUUGUAACUUUAUAUAAGCAAUUUUUUGCAAAAGAAGCUAUUAACAGUCAUAGAGCAGAAGGAGACUGUUUGAUGCUCCUUCAAUGUGUGGUGGCUACGAAGGAAGUUUUUGUUCCUUGGGCUGAUAGUGCAUGUAAAAAGGUUAAGGAAAUGAAACCUCUCAUUCGUUAUUAACAUGCAGCCUAGAUAGUUUCUAUAUUUGUUUGAAAAUUAUGUUAAUUUUUAUAAGUAUUUAAAUUGCUCUUUAGACUAUAGAUUUAAGAAUCAUGCUUAUGCUAUUUGAUAUAUAUUUUUAUAAUAUUUUUAUGUUCCUUUACUUAAAGUCUAAUGUUUUAUAAAACAUUAACUACCUAAUUAAAAUAAUUUUCAUUUACAAUAAACAGCCCCAUAAUGUCUUCACUAUCGGUAUCGCACAGUUAUAUUGACUGUCUCAUACAGAAGUUGAUUUA